UGGGAAAUCUAAACCCGGUAGCCGCGCAUGCGCAUUGCUGCCGUGCGCGAUUUUCAAACUCGGAUCCGUUCCGUCUGGCUUUUGCAGCCAUGAGCUCUCCGCAGGUGCGCUACCGCAACCUGCUCUUGACACCGGGCAGCGGUGACAUGUUCGCCACUCCCCGGCGCUCCACGGGCUCUGGCAUCCAUGGAGCAACGACAUCCGGCGGAGGGGUCUUCCUCUCGCCAGCCACGCACCGGCAGCAGAAUGUCCCCGGCUGCGACGAUGGAUCGGUGGCCAACUCGCCCCUGUUCCUCGGCAGCAAGAAGAGUGAUGCCGACGACCGCAAGGAGAGGCGCAAGUCCCGGGUGAUAGAGCUGCAACAGAAGGGAGGGGUGAGCCCCAUCUCGCCUACCAUAGACCGGCGCAGAUCUCUAUUGACCUUGCCUGGUGGGAUGACCAACGCUCAGCUAUCUGAGCAUUAUUCCACGUGCAUCAAACUAUCAACUGAAAAUAAAAUCACAACCAAGAAUGCUUUUGGCCUGCAUUUGAUCGAUUACAUGGCCGACUUGUGUAAACAAAAAGGAACUGAAAUGACCAACUUUCAGAUGGCAGCAGGGACACUGGAUGCCAGCACCAAAAUUUACGCAGUGCGAGUAGAUUCCGUGCACGCCGAUGCUUACAAGAUGCUGGGAGACAUAGCUGGAAAUUCUCAAACCUCAAAUGAGCAGCAAACAGGUGAUGGAGAAGAAAACCCAGAAAACGGCGUACAAAAGGGCAAGCAGAAGCAGAGGAAGAAGAAUUCGGUGAAGAAUAUCGAAACGAAUUUGGACAAAAUCACAAACAGCAAAUUUGAUGUGGAGGAAAAGUGUGAGCCGUUGUUGAAGACUGGUACCUCGUACGACGAGUGUGGAACGAUGGGCCUCCUCCUGAAUAACCUCAAGUGUUCGGACUACAGCUGUAAUCUUCUGUUCGACUGCGACCUGGUGCCGCUACGAGUAAACUCCAAGUCCACGCCGCCCACCAUUAGCUCUCUCACCGACUUCUCUGAGCUACGCGGGAUUCUGCAGCAGUCUUCAUUUGAGGACAAGAUGAUUUGUCCUUCCAUGGCCUCUUUCUUGUUCAAUCAGUGUGAUAAUGAUACUUCAAAACUGGAUGCCAUGGCCAUGCUAGAAAAGCUCAAAGGCGGCCGUCUGGCCUUUGAUAUGGAUGCGGAGCCUCAACCCCUAGAAGAUGACUACGAAGAUGACGACAACGAUGGCGGCGGCGACUUCGGGGUCGUGGGAGACGAUUUCAAUGGUGACAACGGCGAGGGCGGGACGAUCAACGAAUUCAGGAGCGGUUGCGUUGCCGUGGCUGGGAAGAGCAAUGCUGUCAUGAGGAUUGAGAAUGCUGGCAUUGAGGCAAUGCGAGGACAGCUGUCUCUCCAGCCCAGCGAAUACUCUUACUUUGAUCCCAAGUUACUGUCAACCUGGGCAGGCCCUGACCAUUGGAGGCUUAAGCCCACAUGUAAAGUUUCUUUAUUGACUGACAAAAAUGGAACUAAAAUACCUAAAGUGAAGAAGACGUUCAGUCUCGACUUUGACCAAGAAAUCAAUUUGAAUGAAUUCAAGCAGUCAAAGGCAGCUACAACCAUCACAAAGACAACUGUGGAAAGAUAUAACAUGAAAUCAACGACCCUUCCGGAUGACUUUCACUACGACCCGGAAAACCUUAUCCGUGCGUUCCUCAGACCUUCGCUCAAGCUGAUGCGGGUCGUGCGAGCCGACAUGGGCAGCAAUCAUGACGACGACAUCGCUGCGUACAACUACAAUAACGCUAACGACGCCGCCAAUUACUGCCCCGCGUUGCCGGCUGCUGAUGAUGACGACGACGACAACGAUGCGGGACCUGCAUACGAGCCUGGACAAUUUAACACCACAGACCAGAUCCAGAACUUCAGCCAAACCAUGUGCUUAUACUCAGACUCCAUGAACAACAACGCCACCCCCUACGGGGGAGACAAUCUGGUUGCCGAGCCUCACAAGGUUAACAAGAUUCAACUUGAUUAUGCGAAAACGGCAAAGAAAAUGGAUGUCAAGAGACUGAAGCAGAACAUUUGGAAUAUGCUGACGAUGCAGGAGGGAGACAUGAAUAAUACGAAUGAAAAUGAAGAUGCAAAAGUCUCCAAAGAAAUUCUCUUUUCAGAAAUGUACAAAAAACUACCUGCUAGGUUACCCAUCUCCAUGUCUAAGAACCUGUCGGUGCCCAUGGCGUUUGUCUGUCUCCUGCACCUGGCCAAUGAAAAGAACCUGGUGAUCUCUGGACAAGAAGACCUGUUGGACCUGAAAAUAAAUCAGGACCUUAGCUAAUAUCCGACGUACAACUAUGUUACGUCUGCUUGUACAGUCUCCCAGCUUUGCUGUUCAAUGCAUUUCUAUUGUAAUACAGAAUAUACUUGGGGUCAUCGUUUUAAAAUCUCUAUUUGAUGGGCUUUAGGCAAAAUUAUUCUGAACAGCCAAUAUCUUUGUUAUCUUCUUUGGUUCUUUCGGUAAAGUCACGUAGAAUGAGAAUAAAAUAAUAAAUUGAUAAAAUAAAAUAACACAAUAAUAUUCUCAUGUUAUAUUUUUGAUUUACAGCUUUCGUGACUGCAGUAAUUCAUAUUCUUAGCUCUUUCGGUAAAGUCACGUUGAAGGGAAACAAUAAAAUAAUAAAAUAUAUAUGAAACGAUAAACAUUCUGACGACGUUUAGACCAUAACACAAACGGUCGUCAUCAGGUGUGUCGGUUUGCAUAAAUUUAUUUAUUUUUAAACGGUGUAUUUAUUUAUAAAAAAAAACGUCA